GUAUUUACCAUUGUAGGACAGUUACUAUACUCUUUGUUGUUUUGUUUUUGAUCAUCUUUCGUGGUGAUUUCGACGUUCGUGGUUUUUUCUAUUUUAGCAUUUAAUUUACGACCAAGGCUAUCCCACUGGACUUUGUUUCGCUGCUUUUUCUAUUGACUAUUGGCAUUUUAUAAACGGACACCGAUUUGCUAUUGAUAUGGAUUCUGAAAGAACUUGUUGUGUUCCUAGCUGCAAACGCCCUCGUUCACCUGGUACCCCAUUACAUGGCUUUCCAAAUCCUGUGUUGGACCCAGACAGAUUUCGAACUUGGUUAUAUGCUAUUGGAGGUGACAUUUUAGGGCUGGACAAUCAGUACAUAUAUAAAUAUCGCAAUGUUUGCCGUCAUAAUUUCAAGCCUUGUUACCAUUUUGGUAACAGAAGAUUAACAAAUAAUGCAAUACCUACUUUGAAUAUGCCUGGGCCUUCUGUUACUAGACGAGAGCCAAUGGCGGAUAUUACAAGUAGAAUGGUGAAUGUUGAAGAAAAUAUUUUCAAUAUGCCUUCAACUUCGAGAGAUGUCACUGCCCCACAAACAUCUCACACCCAGAAUUGUGAUUUUCCAAAAACAACAUUGAGAGCAGGUGGUAUCAAAAGUAAACAUUCAUUUAAAAAUGUUGCGAAGGUUAUGGCUCAUCAAAUUGCCAAAUUAAAAAAAGUAAAGGAUAGUUACUCCCAAAGACUGAAAAAAGCUUUGAAGCUAUCUGAGAAUCCAACCUUUCUUAAGACUAUAAAAAACUUUAGUGCGAUGGCUGCAAUUUUUACUCUGUUACAAUUAAGGGAGAUUAAUAAACCCAAAAUGGGGGGAAGAUUUACUCAGGAAGAAAAAAUAAUGGCUUUAAGCCUUUAUAAACAUGGCCCAAAAGCUUAUAGAUGGAUGAGCAAGGUAUUCGUUCUGCCAUCAUAUAUGACACUCAGCCGUUUGAUUUCCCGAGCUGCAUUAAAACCGGGCAUUAAUGAAAAUAUAUUUGAAAUGCUCAAAAAGGCGACAAAAAAAAUGAAAGAUGAUAGUAAACUAUGUGUUUUACUCUUCGACGAAAUUGCAUUAAGCCCACAUUUUGAUUAUAGCAAGAGGAAAGAUAGAAUUUCUGGAUUUGUAGACAAUGGGAAAAAAAAUCUACCAAUAAUAGCAGAUCAUGCUCUCGUUUUUAUGAUAAGAGGUAUAUAUAAAAAUUAUAAGCAGCCAAUAAGCUAUACAUUUUCUUCUGGGAGCACAAAAAAGCAUGAAUUAACGCAACAAAUAAAAGAAAAUAUUUCCCAAUUGCAAAGAAUUGGUUUUAAAGUUUUAUCAACUGUUUGUGAUCAGGGUGCCUCUAAUGUAAGUGCCCUGAAUCAAUUAAUUGAAGAAACUCGAGCAGACUAUUUGAGAAGGGAAAAAGAAUAUCGAUAUGACGUUUUCACUGUAAAUGACCAAGAAGUCAUUCCAUUAUAUGAUGCUCCUCAUUUAAUAAAAGGAAUACGGAAUAAUUUAAUAACGAAAAAUUUGAAAUACAAAAUGAAUGGGCAGAUAAAAAUCGCCAAAUGGGAGCAUUUGAAGCUUUUACAUCAAGAAAACCCAGCAUACAAAGGAAUAAGAAAAAGGUGUUCUACCAGAAGAAUGCACAGGGACAGCUGACAUUCUAUUAUUUUUUGACGAAUUAUUUGAUUCAGUUAAUGGAAGUUAUGACAAUAGUAAAAAAAGAAGUGGUAAGGAAUUACUCCGCCAAUUAACUCCGAACUCAAAUCAUGAGAAGGUAUGGAAUGAUGCCAAAAAAGUUCUUGCUUCAAUGAAAUUUGUUACAAUUAACGGAAGGGUAUGUACACCGCCAUCAAAUACAAACUGGUUAAAAACAAUUAAUAAUUUUCAAUAUUUAAAAGAAAAAUUAUUCAAUGAAUAUAAGUUGAAAUCCAUAUGGCUCAGGCACUUUAACCAGGACCCCCUUGAAAACUUUUUCGGAUGUAUACGAAGUCAUGGAGCUCAAAAUACGAAGCCAUCGUGUGCAGCAUUUGAAGAUGCAUUUGCCUCACUUUUAAUAAAUAAUUUAAAUAGUAGCUAUUCUCCUGGUUCAAAUUGUGAAGAAGAUGCUUGUGAAGUAUUCAGUAACCUUGGAAAUUUACUCUUAAAAGAUAAAAACGUUGAUAAAGAUAACACAACUGAAAUUAAUUUUGAUCACAUAGACGACAAUAUUAUUGUAGAUUUCAAUAUUAAAAAAGAUAACCCAACAAUUAACUCUGCACUUAAUUAUGUAACAGGCUAUGUUCUGCGUAAAGCAAGUAAAAUUUGUAAAACUUGCACAUCAUGCAAAAACGAGUUGUAUGCAAUUAAUGAUAUAGAAAGUAUAAAAAUGAGGGAGUACAGUAAAACUGCUAGGUGGUUGACAUACCCUUCCAGUCAAUUGGUAGAAUGUUUUACAGCAAUACAAGAUAUUACAAUAAAUAUAAUAAGAACGGCAAGCAAUAUAAAAAAUAUAAGGCAAUAUAUAAAAAAGAGUUUUGUGUAUAACCAUUAAUAUGGAUUUCAUGAAAUGUGAAAAACAUAAAUCCGAACUAUCAAACUAUAUCUUUGAUUUGAGUUCGAAGUUUUUCAUUUGCAACUGGUGUCGUGAUGUUAAUAAAUUGUUGAAGGGCACCAGAUUGGAUUAUGAUGUAGAGGACGCAAUACAAAAAUCAUGCUAUGAAUAUUUUAAGAAAAGGAGAAAAUAAAAAUUAAUCAUAC